AUGAGUAAACGUGAACGCGAGGGGACACUGGACAAGACCCGUUGUCUUGCCUUUGUGCGGCGUCUGUGGGAUUUGGAUGAACUCCGCAUGUUCCACCACCCCGUGAGUACGGCUGAGCUGCCCGAUUACCACAAGAUCAUUCGCAAUCCCAUUGAUCUUUCUACUAUUCGCCGCGAGAUUGAGGCCGGCACGUACGCCGCAGACGCCGAUGUGCAGAACGCCGUGGCGCAGAUGAUUGCGAACGCACUGGAGUACAACGAGAAGGGCACCGCCUGGCACCGGCAGGCCCUUUCCUUCCGAAGGGUCUACUUGGAUCUCGCCCGGCAGUCGGGACUGGCCGUCGACGUGGACGAGGCGUACAUCCCAUCGCGGGCAUUUAAGGAUGAUGAGUCGACACUACGCAAGGCAGAGAGGCGCAAUGAGGAGAACCUCGGCGUCGUGCUGAAGGAACUUGAGGCGGAGAAGGAGGUGCCACUGGAGGAACUCAUCGCAAAGUACAAGCGUGUGGAGAAACCCAAUGGUGAUAACAAGAGUGAUGAUGAUGAUGAUGAUGAUGAUGAUGAUGAUGAUGAAGACGAAGAAGAUGAAGAAGACGAUGAUGAAGAAGAUGAAGAAGACGAUGAUGAAGAUGAUGAUGAUGAUGAAGAAGAAGAGGAUGAUGAUGAUGAGAAUGAUGAUGAGAAUGAUGAUGAUGAAAGUUCGUGA